CAAGGACCAAGUUGAAGUUAACUAACCCACAAUUAGCAACUCACUCUUCAUGCUGCUCCAGAAUAAGUUUCCUCUUUGAGAAAAACUGAAUGUGAUUUGAUUUCAGUCUCAAGCUGAAGACACAGAGCAUCAGAUUAAAGAGCAGUUUAAACAGCUCUUUCAGUUUCUCAGAGAUGAAGAAGCAUCUAUGAUCAUUGCAUUGAAGGAGGAAGAGGACCAGAAGAAGCAGAAAAUGAAGGAAAAGUUGGAGGACAUGAACAGACACAUCUCAGCUCUUUCACACACUAUCAAAGACUUGGAGGAGACAAUGAAAGCCAAUGACGUCUGCUUUCUAAAGAAGUUUCCACUCACAAUGGAAAGAAUCCAGAUCUCACAGCCGGAUCCACAGAUGCCUUCUGGAGUUUUGAUUUAUGUGCCACGUUACUUGGGCAAUCUGCCAUACAAAGUCUGGAAGAAGAUGCUCAACUCUGUCCAAAAGAGUAAGUAUGAAGACAAUCUGUGCUGUUACACACACACUGAAAAUGAAGCAGGGGUCAUUACAUGGCACCAACGGAUGGUCAUGAACUCUGCCUCAUGCAUCUGGGUAUCAAGAAUGCUGAGGUGGUAUUCGUGGAUGAGUCAUGUACCCACGGGGGGAAGAUGACCAUCUCAGAGUUGUGAUCGAGACCCUGGUACUUCAGGUGAAGUCCUCUUGCCUCUGCCUUGCUUUAGUUCUCUUCCUGGUAAAAGCUGGGGGAGGACUACUUUGGGUAGUAGCCUGGGUGGUCUGAGGUUUAUGGUGAGGUCUUUCCCUCAGAGGAACCAACCUCCCAAGGGGAACAGGGGACAAGGCCCCCAACAAGCCAGGCUGCAAGCAUAAAGGUAAGAGGCCCCUGAGACGGGUGACCCAGAGAUGGAGAGGACAGCUCUUUGGGAGAUGGUGACCACACCACUCCCUCCCCCGGAGGAAGACCGGGUGGAGAAUCUUUUGUUUCAUUCUGUUUUUGUUCCACCAUGGGCCCUGCAGCCAGAGGUACUAAAAUAUUCACAGAAAGAGCAGUUUUCUCUGUCUCUGAAUCCAUCUCCCCACUGCAGGUACAUCUUUGUUUUCUUUGGUCCCGCUUUCAUGGUCUCUGAAAGCCUGGCUAGCACUUCCCAGCCCAUCUCGCUGGCUCCUUCAGACCAUCAGACCGGCAGCCCCCAAGUUCAGGGGCAUCCAGCUCACCUCAGUGAAGGCAGGUAAUGCUUAUAUCUUGUGCUACCCCAGGAGGUAACAGAUUCCAUCAAUUCUGCACAAGCACCAUCUACUAGCCACGCUUAUACCUUGAAGUGGAACCUGUUCAUCAAGUGGUGUUCUUCUCACCGAAAGGACCCCGGAAGGUGAUGGGAAAGUUA